UUGUUGGUAAAGCUGAUAUGGACAAUAUUGAUAAGGAUGAAGCUGAUGUGAAUGAAGAUGAUGCAAAUGAAGCUAUUGCAGCUAAAGCUAAUACAGACGUAAUUGAGGAUAAAGCUACUAUGAACAAUAUUGAUGUAAACAAUGAAGCUGAUGUAGACAAAGAAAUCACUGAAGAAAAAGAGAAAAAUAGAUAUAUUUUAUAUCAGUCAAAUGAAGACCACCUUGCAAGAAAAAGUAUAAUAGAACUAGAUAUCCAACUUGAAGAUGAUAAAGGUGAAAUAGAAAUAGAUAGUCAGCUUGGAGAUGACGAAGGUGAAAUAGAAAUAGAUAGUCAGCUUGAAGGUGACAAAGAUAGAAUAGGAAUAGAUAGUCAGCUUGGAGAUAACAAAGUUGGAAUAGAUAAUCAGCUUGGAGGUGACGAAGAUGGAAUAGAAAGUCAGCUUGGAGGUGCCGAAGGUGGAAUAGGAAUAGAUAGUCAGCUUGGAGAUAAUGAAGGUAGAAUACUUGGAGAUAACAAAGGUGUAAUAGAUAAAUGCUAG